AUGUUGAUAAGUGAACGAUACUUUGACGGUACACAGUCCCUUGCUAUUAAAGUCGUACCAGAAUAGUAUGAUUCUGAUCCAGAUCUUUUUAUUUCAAUGGUAAUUAAAAAUGAAGUUAAUGAUUUGAUAGACUAAUACUUUGCCCACAUCAAGUUUAGAUACAAGGACACCAUCAAGCAGGGUGAUACAUUAUACAUUGGAGUGCGUUGCAUCAAUCCUUGCUAAUAUACCAUCGCUUCCAACUACAUUUCUGAAAUUCCAAUGAAAGAUAGCAAUCGUACCUAGAUCAGACUUGAUGGGUACAGCUCAACAAUUUUCAGCUAUUAAAUCCCAUCCGUGAACACUAAUGGAAUUACAAGAGCAGUGACUAUCACAAUGCACUCUGAAGACGAUUACACUCCAAUUGAUCUCUAUCUCUCAAUGGACAACACUAUUUAUCAGAUGGAAGAACGAAAAAUUGAAAACCUUCUGGAGCAGGGAGUUGGAUACAUGUUCACUGAAAACGAUUUCGGUUGGUGCACUAAUUGUUACAUCUACUUAUUAGCUGAUGUCUACACUGAUGGAAGAUAUUAUGUCACAUUCACAUCACAUUCAAGAAGUAACACUAUUACUCAGGAAAAGUCAGAUUUGAUCAUAAAUGCUAGACAGCAAGAAUGUGUGCUUUACUUUGCUCUAGCUGCUGACAAUGACGUAAUGCUAUAUUCUACACAGUAUCAAGGUGAUACUGACUUCUACAUUAGUUCUAGCACAAGACCUAACGACUAUCUAGAUACUACUAGAAUUCUAUAACAAGGCCUAAGAUUUCCCCACAAAUGCCUAAUAAUUACAGCUGAAGAUAGAACUAGAUGGGGCUUUAGAACUGGAGUUAUGAAUGUCUGCGCUUAUGGAUUCACAACAUCAACAAUUUAAAUAGAUGCUGAUGAAGACAACUAUGGAGGAAGAUAUGAUGCUAGAGACGGUGUAUCUUACAUGCUGAAUCUUGAGAAAAAUUCCUCCUAAUACUUUAGAUACACAAACAGUAAGUUCAUCUAUGCAGGAAAUAUGACUGUUUCACUAACGGCCUAUAACUUAUCAAGUGGUCAACAGCCACCUAGACUUUUCUAUAAAAUAUGUCCCUCAACUGAUGGUGUUGCUUGUUCUUUGAAUUCUACCGAGUAGAGAGGCCAAGGCAUGAUUGAAAUCGCCUCGGGCAAUGGUAAUGUUACUAACGGUAAUACCAGAACGGCUAACAUUAUCCACAAUAGAACAUUAUGUCCUAGAGCUUCAAGUUGCUACUAUUUGAUAAAUAUGUUCUUCCCAGAUUAGAAUGGGCCGAUGAGAACUUCUUUUAUGCUGACUUAUAAUUCAACUGCUUUCUAGAAUAUCACAAUAGAUCAAAACUUUAAGAAUGUUUUAAUUUAAGGCAAGUACUUCUACUACGCUCUCCAGCCAAACUCCUCAGAUGGCUUUGGAUUCUUGCAAUCUCUAACAAUAAAGUUAGAAUCAAAGAUUGGUGAUGCAGAUCUAGUUGUAUCAGUCGUAGAUCAAAACCCUGAAAUCGAUUAAAACCAAUUUGAAGCUCGUGGUACUGAUACCUUUGAUUCAAUAUCACUUAACAAUACUGGCAACUUCUCUUUGAACAGACCAUUAUACAUUGGAGUUUAUGCAACUACUUUUUGUGUCUAUGAAGUCAGCUUCGAGCCAGUUUACAAAGUCGAGUACAAUGCUAAACUUGUUAAAGCAAUGCCAAUGACUGAUUCUGUCGCCUAUGCAAAUCUAUAUAAGACUGAGUUUGAAGAGUCUUUCUAUUCAUUCAGACCAUGGUGGGCUGGUUACGAGCAAAGAACUAUCGUUUUCUUCGCUGAAGUCGUUUUCAACAAUGUCUUCUUCUACCUUGAGGCUAAUGAUUACCCUCAAUUUUACGUGACCGAGUACAAUGAUAAAAAUGAUACCAUAGUGCUGUACCCUGGAGAUGAUCAGUACUCACUCUACAACACCUACUUCAUUAGAGUGAGACCAGAUUUUUAGAUGCAAGAUCUAAUUUCUUCCAGAGACUAUAUCUUCAACUUCUUUGUGUUUUCUUAAUUGCCAACCAGUUAAAUCGUAGAUAUUCAUCUAAAUGAGAAAACUUUCGGCUACGCAAACGAGUCAAGUGUCUUUUUCAAGCAUUUCAUCAUAGAGAAUAAUGCUACUUACAACUUCUCAGUAAUUCCAAUUAUUGGAGAUCCAGCUAUUCUAUUGAAACUAAGCAACAAUCCUAUUUACCCAGUCUCAGCAGAUGUACAGUCCUGGGACUACAAGACUGACAACGAAGGUAAAGUAACAGAUAGCAUUAUAGUUACUUUCCCUGAUAGAAGCAGCAAAUAUGCUUUUUGCGAUAAUGCAGGCUUCAAUUUGAAUGGAGGCAAUAAAUCAUGUGGGUUCUAUCUCGCUGUCGAAUGUAGGAGUGAAUGUAUCUUCAAUAUUACAGUUUAGAUUUAAGGCAGAGAGAACUAAUCAUUACCUAAAUACCUUAUUGAGAAUAAUUACUACACAGGUUAAGUUAAUAAUGGUCAAUAUUCAUACUUCUAUUUCCCAUUGAGUAAAAAUCUUACAGGAGAAUUGGUAAUCAUACUGAACAAAACUGGGUCUAUAGGAUAAAAUGGUGACUCAAUGAUUUUAGUAAAUCUAAUGAGUGAAUCUGUAUCUAAAUCCCUUACUAAUUGGAGUUAUCCUGUUUUUAGUAGUUAUAAUAUCGGUUCAGCCAAUUUUAGGCCAACAUAACCUGAAAUCAUUGAAAUAUGCUCAAGCAUUAUCUCAGGUCGUUGUUCAGAUAAUUCAUGCUUACUGAUGAUUGGUGUAUUAGGGCUAACCUAAAAUAAGCCAUCAAAAUUCAGACUAAUGAUCCAAAAGCAAGAUAACAAGCUUUACGAUACAAAACCAAUAUAAGAUUUCAUCACAAAUGCUGGAGAUUAUAAGUAUUAUUGGUUCACUUCUAAUGUUUCAGUUUCUAACCCAAAUGCUGCCUGGGAGUAUCAGAUUACUACCUCUGCCACUCUAGAUGGAGGUGAUGUUGAUCUAUAUAUUUCUUCAUUAGAUGGUAGAUUCCCAGUAACUGAAGAUUAUGACUUCGCCUCUGAGAAUUUAGGAGCUGAUAGCAUUUAUGUUAACUCUAAUUCAUCCUUCUUUGAUGAAGCUGGGUACAAUAAAUCUAAUGGUAUACUUUUUGUAGUUGGUGUUAAGGCCAUUACACCUAAUGUAUCAUUUACUCUUAUAAUGACUGGUCCAAGUAGAACUGCGAUUACAAUCACAAAUCUAACUGCUGGUUAAUAGAUAACAAGAGGCCUUCAAGGUAAUGUAGUUACUAAUAGAACAAAUUACUUUAAAUGGUAUAACUGGGGCUAGAAAGAUUUUAGAAUCAAUAUUGAUGUGACUUAAGGAAAUGUUUCAGCUUAUAUCAACUUCGUUGGAGAAGAAGUGUUCAAUAACAAUGGGUUGCUUGCUCUUCCAGUUAACAACAACAAUUCUAAGUGGGUUGUCUACUUGAAUGCAUCUUAAUCAGGUGUGCUUCAAGUAUCUAAGUCAGAUAUUGGGGCAAAUAAGCUAUUCUGCUAUUAUUGCUGGUAUUUUAUUACAAUCACUACUAAUUUGACUGGAACUACUUCUUACAGAAUCAGUGUCAAUGAAGUUCCAGAUGUAGGUGAAGAAGUAGCUUUACUCCAAUAAAAUACAUCGGUAAGCUUGACAUUGCCAGCAACAGGAACUGCUUCCACUAGAAAAUUCAUUUUAGAUUCAAAAGAUCCAUUUGUGAUUUAAGCUUCUGUUUCCACUGGAUACUUGAUAAUGUAUGUUGGUCUCUACCCAGAAAGUCCAAGAACAAGGUAUCAAUUCUAUGCUGAAGGCAGCAAAGAAGUUAAGAUUAGUGUUAGACAAACUGACUAGAACUUUAAGGUAGGUGCCUUCUACUACAUUACCUGCCAAUCAGCUUAGGGCAGAACUACUUUUGCUCUCUCCUUGAACCAGAGAAAGACUGUAAACCAACUUGAAAAUGGCAUUAUUUAUAAGGAUUAAUACUGGAAUAUGGAUGAGCGCAUUAAACUGUACUACUUCUAAACACCAGCUUCAAGAGUCAAUUUAUUCAGAGCUGUCAUCAAUAUUCAAGCUUUGACUCCUGGUUUCUAUCCUAUUUUACUUCUGAACAGAGUUAGCUAGACUUCAACUCCCUCUGACUUCACAAAGCUGUCUUAUCCAAAUAUGAAGACUAAUAAUAUUUCCUUUGGCGACAAUUUCUUCUCAAUUGCUAACCAAAGAAAUUUCACUUAUCAAAUUCGAGAUAUCGGUGGCAAUAAUACCUACUAUACCAUUGCAUUAUAUUCCUUCUCAUACGGUAUGACUGACAAGAGAAAGCCUCAAUUCAAGAUCUCACUCACCAUUGAUAACAGAACUCUUCAAAGCGAGCACUACAGUGGCAAGUACUACUAAAUGAAUCUUCAUGAGGGUGAAGAUCUUUAACUCCCAGGCUACUAUUCAAGUGGCAUCUAUGAUGACUAUGAAUAAAGUGAGAACUUUGAGGGUUUUAGCUGGGAUGAUUCUUGGAUCGAUGACAUUGAAACAUCAAUAGGUGACUCAGUUAAAGUAACUGAAUUCUAAAACCCAUUGCUGGAUUUAGAAAAAGAAGCAGCAUCCUAAACUGACUCAAACCACAAAAGCAGUUUCAGCGAAGUGAUCACUGGUUCAAUUAAGAAAGUAGGUAGCUAAAUCGAAGAGUAUUUCAAUAAGAAUCUCAAGGCUAGCAGCGAUUUCAUCAAUUUAUAAGAAUGA